AUGAAAAACCGACAAAGCUUAGUCAAGUGGAUCCGGGAGUGGCGUAUCCCACAUCAGAUGCUGGAGGGUGCCCUCUCGGAGGUCCGUAAACUUCGCAAGGCCGACCUCCGGUCCAAAGGCGCUUCGGCGAAGGCCAAGGCAGAACGUGGUCGCGACACUUCACGGAGCGGCAGCAAGCCACGGAGCAGCAGCCGGAAAACGAAGAGGGGUGGCAACCUGUACGAGUUCACAGAUGGCCAGCUUCGAACAGCCCUGAACGUUUGCGGGGUCCAGGGCACGGCGGAGUGGCAUAAGCGUGAUCUGGUGCGAAAGCUCCAGAGCAUGGGCAUCCGAGUAAAGGACGUCCAGGCGCUGGUUGACGAGAUGAACCCCUCGGGAAAGCGAAUUCGGCGGCAGAACUCGCGAAGUCGCGGAAAGAGGAGGCCGCCAAUGUCCCGUGCCGAGCGCGACUUCUUCGCAGACACGCGGGUCGUGAACGAGUUCCUCCGCGAGGAGUACGACGACUGGGACGAUGAAGAUGAGGAUGACUACUUCGAUUUCACGAUGGAUGACGAGCCCUGGGAUUCUGUCCCAUGGGAUUCGGAGUUCGACGAUUAUUUCGCUGACGCCCAUGAAGAGACGCAGUAUCGGCGCGGCUCGCAGGGCCCAGCUGAGAACUACAGCUAUUCGGCUCCCGGCCCAGAUCCCUGGAACAACCCCGGCGGGUGGACGUACACUUCUGCGUCUGGCUACAAUGGCAGCUACUACCAGUCUGCGAGAAGCCAGUCGACGGGGAGCACAUGGCCGAAAGCGCCGACAGUCACCCCGGAGGAAGCAAUGAGUCGCGCUCUCCGAGAAGGAUGGAAAGCAGAGGGCAUGUCCCGGACACAGGCAUAUUGGGGCCUGGGGGAUGCUCUAGUGGCAACUCAGGUCGGUGACUCUGCGCGAAACCAGGAAAUAGGGCUGGUGUCGGAGCUUUCCCUUCUCGAGAAAUCACACAUCGCCUGGAGCCUUAGAAGUUGA